GCUUUCUUGGUACUAGGUUGACGUCCCUUUCUCUCUCUUUAGUUACUGUACCCUAGAGGAUGAGUAAAAGUGUUAAAGAAACCAAGUUUUAUGACCUGCUGGGUGUUGAACCAAAUGCUACAGAAUCAGAACUAAAGAAAGCUUAUAGGAGAUCAGCUCUUAAAUAUCAUCCAGACAAAAACCCAGGACCAGAAAAUGAAGAAAAAUUCAAGGAGAUAGCUCAUGCUUAUGAAGUUUUGAAUGAUCCAAAGACGAGAGAGUUGUAUGACAAAGGAGGAGAAGAAGCAUUGAAAGAAGGAGGAGGAGGAGGGAGUUCUGCAAUGGAUAUAUUUGAUCUUGUGUUUGGUAUGGGAGGACGAGGAAGGAGGAACAGGGAAAAGAAAACUAGAGACAUGAUUCAUCAGUUACAUGUGAGACUUGAGGAAUUUUACAACGGGAGUGUAAGGAAGUUAGCAAUACAGAGACACAUCAUAUGCAGUGACUGUGGAGGGAAAGGAGGAAAAGAGGGAGCAGUAAGAACUUGUGUCUCAUGUGAUGGUCAGGGACAACAACUUUCAAUGCAACAAAUAGCUCCAGGUUUUGUGACAAGGCAGAUUGUUCCUUGUCGGGCCUGUAAAGGAAGAGGAGAGAUAAUUAAUGAAAAGGAUAAAUGUAAAACUUGUCGUGGUGAGAAAGUUGUUAAUGACAAAAAAAUAUUAGAAGUCCAUAUUGAUAAAGGGAUGAAGGAUGGGGACCAGAUACCAUUCAGGGGAGAGGCAGCUCAACAACCUGGUUACGAAACAGGAGAUGUAGUGAUAGUUUUAGAGGAGAUAGAUCACGAGUUGUUCAAAAGAAAGGAGACUGACCUUUACAUGAAUAUGACCAUUAACCUCUCUGAAGCACUGACUGGGUUUAAGAAAACCAUCAAAAUGUUGGACGACAGACAAAUAGUGAUACAAACUCACCCUGGAGAAGUAUUGAAGCACGAUGAUGUUAAAGUUGUUCUUAAUGAGGGUAUGCCUCAGUACAGAAACCCGUUCAAUAAAGGACGUCUCAUCAUACGCUUUAAUGUUCGUUUUCCUCCUAAUAAUUUCCUAACUCGUGACGGUAUGUCUAAAUUAAGGGAACUGUUACCUCAAGAUAGUGAAGAGAUGAUUACGUCUCAUGAUGACUAUGAAGAAGUACAAUUGGAAGACAUUGAUCCUGAGGCUGAACUGCACAGAAGGAAGUAUAUGAUGGACGAUCAUGAUGGACCUAUGGGCGGAGCCAGGACUGUCAGUUGUCAAACACAAUGACACUUUAAUUAAUUACUAUCAAUUAUUAUUAUUAUUAUUAUUAUUAUUAUUAUUAUUAAUUAUUAUUGAGUUUUAAAACUGUGCAUGUUUAGUGAAAACCUUUGCCUAAAACUGUCA